AUGGAUGACUUUGGUUUGGAUACAAAUAUACUUGACAACAAAAUGGAAUGCAUUGCUGUUAAGAAAGAAAACACAGAAGAGGAAUUCCAGAAUGUAAAGGAAGAAAUUGUUGACAGUGUAGAUGUAAAAAGUACCAUAUAUACAAAAAAUAAAGCUGAAAGUCCAGUGACCAAAGUCAGAAGUCUAAGUGAGAAAGCAUUUGAGAAUACUUCAGAAGUUAUGGAGGAUUGUGAUGAAGAAACUGCUAUAUAUAUAAAGACUGAAGAUGAAUGUCUAGUAUCGGAAGUUGAAGGUCUUGGAGAAAAAGUAGUUGAAGCUGACUCCGUAGAAACUAUUGGGCAUUUUGAUGAAAGGAAUGCUAUUUUUCUGAAGGAGGAAGAUGCAAAAGAUGGAAAUCCAAUGUCUGAAAAAUCCAAAAGUCUUAAUGAAGAAGCAGCUGAAAAUUGCUCAGAUACUUUUAAGUGUGAUGAUGAAGAUCCGUUGUUAUCAGACUCAAUUGUGGCAGAGGAUAUGUGUUCCUCUGAUGAUGGUCAGCUUGUACAAGUGCGUAAGAAUGUGGAUGCAAAAGGGAAACAUUUGUUUUGUGACCAGUGUGGUAAGAGGUUCCCUUUUAUGAGUAAGCUUUUGCGUCAUAUAAGGGUACAUACAAAUGAGAAACCUUAUGACAGUGAACAACCCUCAUAG